AUGGUGAGACAGAAGCAGCAAUUAAAUGCUCGAGCUGAACCCGAUCAAGAAUUGGAAUCUGAGCCCAACAGGGCACGACGACCAGGUGAAACAGAAGCGCAGGCAUUAAAGAUACGCCGCCUUGACGCCCAACGUGGUUCAAGAAACAGACAAAUGGAAACGGUAGAGAACAGAGCUACACGCCUUGAAAGACGACGAGUUUCUCGAGGAGCGCAGCCAACACCAAAUAUUGCCUUAAUAGAUGAACUUGAUGAAAACGUUGCACCCUUAGACUACAUAGGUCAUUUAAACGAGGAAUGUGUAUUCUGCAAAGCAAAAUAUUUCAGUAAAGAGAAAACUACUACGGGAAUGUAUAAUACAUGCUGCAAUGGUGGCCAAGUAAGACUAUCAAAUUUUGUUGCAAAUGAUGAAAUAAAUAAACUUUUGAAAGGCGAAGACCCAGAUUCUAAACAUUUUUUAGAAAACAUACGAUCAUACAAUAGUGCAUUUGCAUUUGCAUCUGUUGGAGCUCAAAUAAGCUUGCCUCCUGGAAAUGGUCCAUUUUGUUUCAGAAUUCAUGGACAGAUUCAUUAUUUAACUGGAACAUUGCAUCCAUUGCAAGCAGGAGAACCAAGAUCAUAUUCUCAGUUAUAUAUUCUUGAUGCUGAUGAAGCUAACAAUCAGAGAAUGAAUGAACCAGCCAAUAGGGCAUGUCACCGCCAUAUUAUGGCGAAAUUAUCUGAAAUAAUGAAGACAAAUAAAUUUGCCGAAGCCUAUGAAAUGCUAUACGAAGUCGAGAAAAGACAUAUUGAUAUUGCCAGGGAUGAAGGUCGCGAACCUAUUAAUGUUUCGAUGUCAAUUAAACAAAACCGAGGAACUGAUAAUCGAAGAUAUAAUGUGCAAGCAUGUAAUGAGGUUGCUGUAGUAUUUAGCAGCGCUGAUGGAGAACCACCACUUGAACGUGAUUUGAGAAUACAUUUGAGACCGCAAGUACGUGAUGAAUUCAGUCCUAUCUUAAGUGCAGGAAAACUUACCCAACAAUAUUUUGUCGAUGCGUAUGUUAAGGCAGAAGCGAAUGACCUUAAUUGGGUUCGCCAAAAUCAGAAAAAGAUAACAGCAGAAACAUAUGAAAAUUUAGUCAGUCACAUUGGAUCCGUGGCAGAAGAAGAAGGUUUGAAUCCAGGAAAACAAGUAAUUCUUCCCUCAUCCUUUCAAGGGAGUGCAAGAAACAUGAAUCAAAAUUACCAAGAUGCUAUGGCAAUUGUCAGUAAAUUUGGAAAGCCAGACUUAUUCAUAACAAUGACCUGCAAUCCCAAGUGGGUUGAAAUAACUGAAAAUUUGAGACCUAACGAGAGAUCAGAAAAUCGGCCCGAUUUGGUAGCCAGAGUUUUCAAUAUGAAAUUAAAAGAAUUACUUCAGGAUCUGAAAAAGAAAAAUAUAUUUGGACAAGUAAUUGCUAUGGUUCAUGUUAUCGAAUUCCAAAAAAGAGGGCUACCACAUGCUCACAUGUUAAUUAUUCUUCGGAAUGAAGAUAAACCUCACACAGUAUCGCUCAUUGAUAAAAUUGUCAGUGCUGAAAUUCCAAACAAAGAAACUCAUCCUCGAUUAUUUGAGGUAGUUACAAAAAACAUGAUUCAUGGACCUUGCAAUACUCCAAACUCAAGAUCCCCUUGCUUAGAAGGAGGGAAAUGCAGAAAAGGGUUUCCAAAGCCAUUCCAGAAUGAGACAGUUGCAAGCAAUAAUGGAUAUCCUUUGUACAUGAGACGCCAAAGGCAAGCGGUAAAGACGAACAACAAUGUAGAGGUUGAGAAUAGUUGGGUAGUCCCAUAUAACCCUUUUCUGAGUUUGAAAUAUAACUGUCAUAUAAACGUUGAAGUUUGCGCCUCGAUAAAAAGUGUCAAGUAUUUAUACAAAUAUGCAUACAAAGGUCAUGAUUGUGCAAGUAUUGAAUUGCAAACUAAUAAAUCAGACGAGUUGAAGAAACAUGUCGACACGAGAUAUGUCAGCCCACCUGAAGCAGCUUGGAGAAUUUUUAAAUUCUCAAUGCAUGAGCAGACUCAUUCUAUAAAUGUUUUAGCAGUUCAUUUACCUGACCAGCAAAAUGUAAACUUUCAACCAGAAAACAUUGAAAGUGCAAUUGAAAGAGCAGGAAAUAAAGAAUCAACUUUAAUGGCUUGGUUUACACUAAACAAUGUGGAUGCUACCGCGAGACAAUAUAAAUAUACUGAAAUUCCAGAACACUUUAUGUUUAAUAAAGCCCAAGGCAAGUGGACAACCCGAAAGCAGGGAUUCGGAUCUACAAUUGGACGAAUGCAUGGAGCAAGUGUGCGAGAUGCUGAACGAUACUUUUUGAGAUUGCUGUUGUUGCACGUGAGAGGUGCAAAGGGUUAUCAUGAUCUGAGAAGGUAUAAUGAAAUUGAAUAUCCAACGUUUUACGAGGCAGCACAAGCCAGAGGCUUAGUGGAAAAUGAGAAUGCUUGGGAUGACGCAUUAACUGAAGCAAGCUUAGCUAAAUUACCUAAGCAGCUAAGGGAACUUUUUGCAUACAGUUGCAUAUUUGGUAUGUCCCCAAAUGUUUCAAACUUAUGGAAUAAGCACAAAGAUAACUUGGUUGAAGAUUUUGCUCUUAAACACAAGCAUCCAGCAAUUGACCAGUGUCAAAUAUACGAAUCAUACGCACUACGAGAUAUAGCGGAUAUACUAAUUACCCAGGGUAAAAGGUGUUCUGAUUAUGGUCUCAGAAAUCCACCACGAGAUUUACCUUCGGAUUUGAAUACUCUCGAAGAAAUCGAAAAAGAACGAACAGAGGGUGAACAAUUGAGAUUGACUCUCAACAAUGAGCAGCAAAUUGCAUUUGAUUCUAUCAUUGAAGCAAUGAAUUCUAAAAAUCAUGCUUCUAAAGCAUUUUUUCUUGACGGUCCAGGGGGCAGUGGAAAAACUCAUCUGUAUAAAACUCUCUUGAGUGUUACAAGAGGUCAAGGGAAAACUGCUUUGCCUGUUGCUUCCACUGGAAUUGCAGCAAAUUUAUUAAGAGGCGGUAGAACAUCCCAUUCUCAAUAUAAACUUCCAUUAAAAAUUAACGAGGUCUCAAUAUCCGGAGUUAAAGUGACCUCAGAUGAAGCAAAAAUGAUUAAAGCAUCCAAAAUCCUCAUUUGGGACGAAGCACAAUGGCACAUGCACAUGCGUUAA